UACGACCUAAGGAAGCUUUUUAACGUGGUAUAAGGGGCGGAAGUCGUCGUUUUAAGAUUCGCCAUUUUUGAAGCUUCAAAGGUGCGGCUUAGUUACGGACUCGAAUUCGAACGUGUUUAAGCUUGUUCUUGGGUCAAGGGAGGUUAUAUUUGAGUGCAUGGGACCCUAAGGAUUGUUUUUGACGUAGGAAAACGAAGCUUUAACGUCCAAAACGAAAAUCCAACAUUUUGACUCCAUUAAAGACGGUACACCGCCAACGAAGAAGACGACCCCGAUCUGCCUUCUCUGACCACUUUUCUUGAUCGUUUUGAGGUCUUGAGCAUUGUGGAGAGCUUCCCCAAUCGAAAGGACGCUUCAAGAGCAAUCGGAGACAAAGUUACACUUUACCGGCGACGAAACCGACGAGAACGCCGGCGACCGCGUUCUGACCGUUUCUGAGGAUCUUGUUCUCAACAAGGAAAUUCGUUGAGGUGCUCGAGGUAGCAAGUGUGGUCUUAGCAACUGAGGUAAGAAGAGUGGACAUCUGUGCACAGGGUGUAUGUUAUGCAUACAACUUGGGUUGUUUGCUAUUUAAUUUGAUUGUGUUAUGAUUUCUUUUUAUUUUGUGAGCAUCGUUAGCAUGAGAAUGAUAUUAGGGUCUUGCUGCUUGUGUGAGCAUAACACUUGCAGGUUAUAACUUUAUCAUGGGUGAGUACAACUUAUGGUAAUUAAUUGCCCUGUUGGAUGCCAAGUGUGAGAAUAACACAAGGCAGGGCAGUUUACCUCAUGUCUGAUCAACAUGAGUGUAUAGUUGAUCAUCGUAUGUGAGUAUAAUGUGCGAUAUGAGACAUGAUUUGUGCAUGUGAGAACAACAUGCGUUGUGGAUAUAUUUAUGGAAUGUGAAUUACUGUUGAUUAAUAUUAAAGAGUAAUUUAUGUCAAGUAACUAGUUAGGAGGGUUAUGUCCUACAAAGCUCUUCUUACUGGGCGUUAGCUCACGGGUACUCUGUGUGCAGGUAAGGGUAAGGCCAAGCAGUGAGAUUGAAGAGCUCGAGGCGUGGAUUGCAUGUUAGGGGGGCUGGCACAGUAUUUUGUUUUUAAUGUUUUUAACUGCUAAACAUUUUGGAACUAUUAUUUUGACUUAACUAGUUCUUAUUUAAGUUUACAGUACUAAAAGUAUUUUGUUUUAAACAAUGAUAUCUCAUGCUUGGAUAUUUUUUAAUAAAGAAGUAUUUGUUUGUCUUUAUCUUAUUAAAUUGUUUUAUACGGACUAUCCUAUGUGACAUCUCGGGAAAUCGGGGUGUUACAAUAUGGUAUCAGAGCAAUACGGUCCUAAAGAAUGUGGUUAGCCCUAACAUGUAAAGUUCACCGCCAUGAGACGAGCUCGACUCACUGUACUGUAAGUGGUUAUUACUUAUAAUUUAGUUGCCUUAAAUUUCUGCAAGCGAGAGGGUAACAUUAUUUUCAUGUAAAAUUGAUGAUCAAAAUGAUCUUGAUGUGUUUUGGUUUGUGUGGUUCAGGAGUUUAGAAAUGCCUCCUAGAAGGUCAGUUAGAGUGGGUCGAGGUCAAGGUCGAGGUCGAGGCCAAGGCCAAGGCCGAGAUGAUGGAGGGAUCAAUGAACCACCUCAAGCACCACAGGGAUGGGAAGAGCGCAUUGCCGCACUGGAAAGAAUCAUUCAUAGGCAGGAUGAAGAACUUCGUCAGCUGAGACGUCAACCGGAGCCGCCAGUCCAAAUAAGGCAGGAUGCAGAAAAUAGAGACCCACCAACUGCAGUGGUAUAUCCUGCUACAGAGGCUAGACAUGAGUUGUUAGCAGAGAGAUUUCGAAAACAACACCCACCUGAAUUUGAGGGAGGCAUAGACCCGGUAGUGGCUGAGGAGUGGAUAAGUCGCAUAGAAAGCAUUUUGCAGAUGCUAAGGGUCGAUGGGAAUGACCGAGUGAGGUGUGCAUCUUACAUGCUGAGAAAAGAUGCUCGUAUCUGGUGGGAGGUGGUGGAACAAACAAAGGAUGUAGAUACCAUGAACUGGGAUGAUUUCGAAAGGGUCUUUAAUGAGAAGUAUUAUAACUCAGCAGUUCUAGCAGCAAAGGUCGAUGAAUUUACUGGAUUAGUCCAAGGGAUUCUUACUGUGACUGAGUAUGCACAAAAAUUUGAUAGAUUGGCGAAAUUCGCUCCAGAUCUGGUACCUACUGAUAGAGUGCGAGCACAUCGAUUUGUGGAAGGCUUGAAACCAAUGGUUGCUCGAGAUGUGGAAAUUGUGUCAAGGGGUCAAUUCAGUUAUGCUCAAGUUGUCGAAAUGGCUCUUACGGCUGAGCGGAGUGAAAACAAAAUUUGGAAGGAAAAUGCUGCCAGGAGAGAAUCUAAGAAAGGUGGAGCCAAUUCUAAUGACCACAAGAAACGGGGACAGGACCAGUCCGGGCAGCCAAGUCAAGACAAGAGGUACAAAAGUGAUAACGACCAACGAUUUAAUGGCAGCAGUGGGCGAAAUAUUCCAGAAUGCCCUAAAUGUACCAAACGUCAUCUCGGCGAGUGUCGCGCAAAAGCAUGCUACAAAUGUGGAAAAGAAGGACACAUCAAACGCAAUUGCCCACUGUGGGGACAGACUGGGAACAGAGCAGAACCUAAGAAAGAUGACAAGUAUGUUCCAGCCAGAGUUUUUGCCAUCACUCAAGCAGAAGCUGAAGCCAGUCCUUCGGUUGUAUCAGGUCAGAUUCCUAUGGCCAACACCACUUGUAAAGUUUUGUUUGAUUCUGGUGCAACUCAUUCCUUUAUUGCUAGCACAAUUGUUAAUCAUAUAAAUGCACCGAGUGAAUUAUUUACUGUGGGGUUUGGGACCAUGUUACCAUCUGGGGAGGUUGUAAUCUCUAGAAAUUGGCUUAGGGGAAUACCUGUCAGGAUAGAUGGUAGAGAAUUAUUUGUAGACCUGAUUGUAUUAGAUUUAUUUGAUUUUGAUGUAAUCUUGGGCAUGGAUUUUCUUACCAAAUAUGGAGCAUCAAUUGACUGCAAGCAAAAGAAAGUUGUUUUCACACCAGAAGAUGGAGAGACAUUCGAGUUCAGAGGGAUAGGAAAGAAACCUCGCACCCCUAUUAUUUCGGCAAUGAAGGUUGGGAAACUAUUGCAGCGUGGGUGCUUAGGGUACCUAGUUAAUGUGGUUGAUGACACCAAGAAAAUUGAAAGAAAGCCGGAGGAAACACGGGUAGUUGCUGAGUUCCUUGAUGUAUUUCCAGAGGAGUUACCCGGGUUACCACCACACAGAGAAAUCGAAUUUGUGAUAGAAUUAGUGCCCGGGACAGCACCAGUUUCCCGCGCACCAUAUAGAAUGGCACCAUCUGAAUUGAAAGAACUCAAAAUACAGUUGGAAGAAUUGCUUAAGUUAGGGUUUAUCAGACCUAGCUACUCUCCGUGGGGCGCACCAGUUCUAUUUGUUUAA